AAUGUAUCUUAAGAGCCUAAAACAGUGCCGGGUACCUGAACGGCACUCAAUGAAUACUUGAUGAAUGAAUUCAGAAGCUAGAUUUUCUUCCUGCAAGGCCACUGCUCUUUGGCGAUGAGGCUUAACCGACUUCUGAGCUUCUUUACACAAAGGGCCAAAUCACGGGGAGCCUAGCUGUCACGGAACUAGCCCCAGAGGUAGGUUUGAGGGACUGAGGAGACAGAAGCUAAACAAAACUAAAGAAUGCAGUUCGCUUCUUGGGGGCGGCUGAAGAGGCACGUACAAACUUCCUCUCCUUUUGCACGUCCACAAGUGUUUCAAUUGGCAGCAUAGGUGACUUUGAACAUUCUCCUACCAAAACAAAUGCAGGGCCACCGAGCCUGGGCUCUGCGACGCGGGCUUUGCCCUUCUCCGGGCAGCUUCAGUGCCCUCACUUAGGUGGUUAGGCCGCGCCUAAACAGCCUUCUUCUUCUCCGGGCCGGGACGUCCCCGCCACAGGCACAAAGCGCCAACGUGGUGCGUCCUCCGCGCCCAAGUGUCCCGCAGGCAGCCGCAGGGACCUCAGCGCCGGUCGCCUGACAGGCGGUGGGGCGAACACCCGGGCGAGGCCCCGCGACGCGUCACAGCGGGCGCGGCGGCGCCGCGGCGAUUUCCCGGCUCCCCCCCGCGCCCGCGCACGCACACGCACGCGCACGCGCAUUGCGCACAGCAUGAGGGUCGCGGCUCUGAUCAGUGGUGGGAAGGAUAGCUGUUACAACAUGAUGCAGUGCAUUGCUGCUGGGCAUCAGAUUGUUGCUUUAGCAAACCUAAGACCAGCUGAAAACCAAGUGGGGUCAGAUGAACUGGAUAGCUACAUGUAUCAGACGGUAGGUCAUCACGCCAUUGAUUUGUAUGCAGAAGCGAUGGCUCUUCCCCUCUAUCGCCGCACCAUAAGGGGAAGGAGCAUGGAUACAGGACGAGUGUACACCAAAUGUGAAGGUGAUGAGGUUGAAGAUCUCUAUGAGCUUCUGAAACUUGUUAAGGGCAUCACUAGAGUGACCUUGCUUGCUGAAUAUGAUGCUCUGAAUCUCCAAGAUUUUCACAUACAUUUGGAAGUGGGCAGCCAGGCGAUUGUUUACAGGACUCCAAAUGAACUGUGCACUCACAGCAAGUUUGAUAAACACACAUUUCCUCCUUUUAUCAGUGAGAUUGCAGAAUGUGAAGUAUGAGUUUCCAGUUUUACUCAUUCCCCUCAACCCUUUUCCUGUUUAAAAACUUAGACAUACUCAUUGGAUGCUGAUCUGUCCCUGUUAUUUAUUUUGCUUACUGGUAGUCGACGGUUUAUUCCAAUACUUACCUAAGCAAGGUUUGGCAGUCAUUCAAAAAUAAACUUUCCAUGUAUUCAACUUAAAGGAGAUUCACCCCAAGGAAUGUAAUGUGAGCGCUAAUUAACAGUAAUGACUGCUAAUCACUUUGCUUUUUAUACUCCUUUAGGAGCACUGCUAUUAUCCAAUGUAGUUAAGUAAAAUGCUUGUAUAUGAAUCAACAAUGCUGCAUCCUUUUAGCAGCUAUUGCUCACAAUCAAGCUUUGCAUAAAUUAGAAUUAACCAAAAUUGAUUUUAAUGUGCUUCAUUUCUUUCUAUGAUAGUAAACUAAAAUAUAUAGUUAAGUAUCCUGAAUAGUAAAGACAUUACGUAUUUUUCUUCUUUUUUUUUGCAAUCAUCCUUAUGGUAGAUGAAAAACAAUAUUGCAAAUAAAUUUUCACAGUUUAUGACAUUUCUCUUAGAUUUCUUUGAAAUUGCAUGUGACAUACUCUUCAUAGUCACAGUGGGCUUUGAUUGUGUUGUGUGCAUUUUAUCAGAUCAAUGAAAAGCAAUAGACUUGUGUUUAAUUUUUCUGGUUUUGCACAUUUACUUCGUGGAGGAUCUUACAGUUUCUUUAAAUUUUAUAGCUCAUUUAUAUAAACUUGGUUCAUAGAAUUGUGCAUUCAAUGUUCAUUAAAAAGGGUUGUUUUAUUAUGUUUAGUGUCUUAUUAGACUAUUAUAAAAGCUUUCUGUUUAUUUACAUGCACUCAACAUACCUACAAACUGCCUUGCCUCAGGAGGAGACUAAGCAAAACUCAUAAAUUAAUAAUUUAAGGGAGCAAUACUCAAGUAGCAUUUUGGUUAAGUUAAUAAGUUAAAGCCUUAGAGUCAGUGUUGGCCACUUUAACAAUGCUUUACUUUUGACUUUUAUUGGCUGAAAAUAACUUGUUAAACUGAGGCUUUUGUAAUAAAAUGAAAUCUACAUACCAUCUGAAGCCCCUUCUCCUCUUUUUGAUUUAUAAGUAGGUUGACAUAUUAUUGAAGAAUUUUUAACACUUUCACAGUUCUGCACUUUGAUUUCAGAGAAGGUGCUAAUCUCUCUGGAAGUUUGAGAGUGACAAAAUGAGUUGUAUACUGUUUUUCUAGGGAAUUUGGGGUUCUUUAUUAGAGGCCUUAGUUUUAUGAUGGUACCUGUAUUAAUGUUGAUUUGUCUAAUCUGUGAUGUGGUGUUGUGAUUUGAUUUGCAUUAAUGGAGUAUUCUCCUUUCUCAUUUUACAUAUUACCUCUAGUUCCUGGCAUGAUGUUCUUAUUCUUAUAUCUAAUAUUUUUGUUUCUACAGAGCGUUCAGCAAUUCAUGACGUUAUUUUUAAAUUACAAAAAUAAAAUAAUUUAAUUUCCCUUUCAUUUUUAUGUUAUUUGUUGUGUCAGAAACUUUAAUUUUUGGUGAAUAAACAAGUAUAAACAGAUUAAGUGGCAGUGUAAUAAGAAGCUUUAUAUUUUAUAUACUAGUCUUAUUGUCAUACAUUGCAAACAUAUGUGUUAAAAAAGACCUUUGGCACUGUACUUAAUUGAAUUUAGUUUCAAAAAAUUGUGACAGGAAUAAUGUGAAAGACCAAAAAAAAUAUGGAAGCUUAAUUAAAUGCUAUCCAUAGGUAAUUAUAAAACUUGUGAGUAUUAUUGUAUGUAACUUACUUAUUUUAUAUCUCAGUACUAUUACACAGUAGCACAAAAUUUGUAUCUCUGAGG